CUUUUCUAUAUUUGUAAAGAGGUGUGAAUCAUUACAAGAUUUAAAAUCAGUAUAAAAGCCUCAUUAAAACCCAUAAAACACUCAUUCAAUCAAAAACUUCACUCCUCAAACGAACUAAAUCAAUUAAGAUGAUUAUAAAAUCAAGCUUUUUUAUGGUUUUUCUAAUUUAUAUUAGUUUGGGGGAAUCAAAAUCGUGUGAUCCAUCCGUACCAGAUAGAUUCUGUCAAUCCGAGUGCCCCAAAGGUCAUUUUUUCAAUGAAACCACCAACGAAUGUAAACCCCUCUGCUCAAAAGACUGCAUAAACGGAAGAUGCACGUCCCACGAAGUUUGCACUUGCAACUACGGAUUCUUACAAGACUCUAAUAACCCGUUCUUAUGCAACGCUUUCUGCUCGAAUCCUUGCGAAAACGGAAAAUGCGUAGGAUACGAAAAAUGCACUUGCGAUAUAGGUUAUUACAAAGACACAAGGAAUCGUUACAAAUGCCUCUCAUUAUGCACUAAACCGUGCAAAAAUGGCACUUGUACCGGAAGAAAUAAAUGUACUUGCGACGUCGGUUUCCGUGCUGAUAAAAAAGAUGACUUUAAUUGCAUUCCUGAUUGCGAAGGUUGCAGAAACGGUUUUUGUUAUGAACCCAACGCUUGUCGUUGCGAUGUUGGGUACGCUUUAAAUGAAACAAGCGGAGAUUGUAAUCCAACUUGUCGACAACCGUGCAAAAAUGGGAGAUGUAUCGACGUGGACGUUUGUAUUUGCAAUCCUGGUUAUGAAAGCGAAAAUGGAAUAUGUAAACCUGUUUGUUUUCCACCUUGCGUAAACGGUACUUGUACUGGACCAAACGUUUGUGAAUGUCCGAGAGGGUUAAGAUAUAGCAGGGUGACUUAUUCUUGUGAUAAACCAUGUGUUCCACCGUGUGAGAAUGGUUAUUGUACCUAUGGGGUAUGUAAUUGUCAUGAUGGUUUCAUGGGGAACGCUUGCGAUCGAAAACCUGGGGGAUUAAAAAAGUUUUAUAACAAAUGGGUAUCUCCAUUAUUUAAACGAUUCAACUAAUCCAAUUAAAUUAUUAUCAAGAAUUAAUCAAUUCUUCUAUUUAUUUUAUUGUUAAAUUAUAUUUUAAAUAAAUUCUUGA